AGUCUGCCAUACUACGAGGUAAAGUUAGCUGGCGUGGUUGCUUGUCCUAUACAAGAGCACGGGGCUUCAACGUGCGCCCGCAUUUGUAAUCUGGUGUAGCUAAUGUUUGUCAACUAUAUAUUUUUUGCAUAUUGUAAAUCCCUUGAAUCGAAAACAGUUGAAGGGCUUAACACGCCAUCUUCAGUCUUCUUCAACUGGACCAUAUUCAUGCAAUUUAGGUUCGUCAACAUGUCUUCUCAUCUGCAGUGGAUGGUCAUUAGGAACUGCUCCAGCUUCCUCAUCAAGAGGAAUGGACAGACUUACAGCACCGAGCCCAACAACCUGAAGUCCAAGAACUCCUUCCGUUUCAACGGGCUGGUGCACAGGAAGACUGUUGGUGUUCAGCCUGCAGCUGAUGGAAAGGGUGUUGUUGUCGUGCUGAAGAAGCGUGCAGGCCAGCGCAAGCCCGCCACUUCAUAUGAGAAGAUCACCAUCAACAAGAACUCGCGUGCCACUCUGAGCAGCCUGAGGCACAUCAUCCGCAAGAACAACUACAGGAAGGACCUGCGCAUGGCUGCUCUGCGUCGUGCCAGCGCCAUCCUGUUGAGCCAGAAGCGUGUGGUGGUGGUGAAGAGGCGUUCCAAGGCUGCCAAGACUGCAUAAAGUUGCCGAGUUAUGACAAAUAAAAAUAAAUGUUGGGUUUGAAAAACA